AUAAAACCUUUUGUUAUUGUUAUUUAAACCAAACAGGAAUUAACCAUAUCGAAGAAUGCGACAUUUCGAUUUGGUUCUUCCUUUAUACUGGAAUUAUAGGAUUGGUUAUAUUAGCAGCACAAAUUAAAUGUAUUUGUUGCAUACGAAAGAAGAACAAAGUUUUAAAGGACCAGAAACUUAUAAUUCAACAGAGUAUUUUAAAGGAAGGUGAUGCGAAAACAUCGCCUAAAAUAAAAAAUAUAUAUCGACUUAUCGAGGAAGAUACACUAGAUAUGCAAAUUCCAGUCAGAUCAAAUCUUCCCUUCAAUGGCUAUAUCAGGCACGAUCGAGAACCGAGUAAUAUCUAUCAUUCUCUAGACAAUUUGCACAUUGCAACACUAGAUCCAACAUCGCCACCUUUAAGCAAUAUGAAGAAUGAAAAACAAUAUCAGUGGAGAAUUUCAAAAAGGGAAUUAGAUGUGCAAUCAAAAAUUUUACCCUUCCGACCAACAGAUACACCAUACAUCACCAGACCUAAAGAAGUUUUGCCUCCAGCGAUUCCUCGCCGCCCUGCGCCAUUACCAAAUGAGAAACCACGAAAAGAAAAAGGAUUAAUAACAUCAGAGCUGACCGCUGCAUUGAAUAUGAGAAAAAUGACCGAAAACACAGUGUCUGGUCAAAAUCAUAUUCCAUCAACGCAAGAAAAAAGAAAUAUUCAAAAAGUCUUACCGGUGGUAAAGGCUAAACCAAUAUCCUCUGUAACGCGCCCCCAUCCUCCACAAAUAUCAGAAAUUCCGCCAUUGCUAAAAACGACAACAGUAUGUCCCUCUUCUGUCCGGGGGACACACAAACAGCGAGCGCCAACGCCGCCACCAAGUCACAGACCUGAGGGGCUUUCUACUUCUAUUUAUUAUAGUAACGAGAAUGAAGACUGGGACUACGAAGAUCUGCCACAGUAUCCAAUCUACAGUGCUUAAGUAUAAAUUGUAACUAUAUUUUAACGUAAAUAAAUUAAAAA